AUGGCGAAGGAACGCUCCGGUAUCAUCCUCGGCUUGAACAAAGGCCAUAAAACCACUGCCAACACUACCAAGCCCCGAAUCUCGCGGACAAAGGGCCAUCUUUCCCGUCGCACUAAGUUCGUCCGUGAUAUCAUUAAGGAAGUCGCCGGUCUUGCCCCAUAUGAGCGCCGUGUCGUUGAACUGUUGAGAAACGCCCAAGACAAGCGAGCACGGAAACUCGCGAAGAAGCGGAGUUGGAUCGGUUUGUGGAUUGAUGAGAUGGACGAGGGGAAGAUUAUUCGGAAAGAGGAACGCAAAGACUCCGCUUGA